AUGUGGACACACCCAUCUCGGUCCCCGGACGGGGGAGGGCUGCCGGACGGGGCGGGCCACGGCCGGCGUCCCCGCCUCCCUUCCCGGGCCUGCCGCGUCGCCCGUCCUCCGCUCCCGGCUCGGCUGCGCCUCUUCGGCGGCGUGCUGCGCCGGGCGCAGUGUCUCAAGCGCUGCAAGCAGGGCCUGCCCGCCUUCCGUCAGUCACAGCCCAGCCGCGCGGUGUUGGCCGACUUUCAGCAGCGCGAGCCCUACAAGUUCCUGCAGUUCGCUUACUUUAAGGCCAAUGACCUCCCGAAGGCCAUCGCUGCGGCUCACACCUACCUUCUGAAGCACCCCGACGAUGAGAUGAUGAAGAGAAACAUGGCCUAUUACAAGAGCUUGCCUGGAGCUGAGGACCACAUUAAAGACCUGGAGACCAAGUCAUACGAGAAUUUGUUUGUCCGAGCGGUGCGGGCGUACAAUGGGGAGAAUUGGAGGACAUCCAUUACGGACAUGGAGCUGGCACUCCCUGACUUCUUGAAAGCCUUUUAUGAGUGCCUGGCUGCCUGCGAAGGCUCCAGGGAGAUUAAGGACUUCAAGGACUUCUACCUGUCCAUUGCAGAUCAUUAUGUAGAAGUUCUGGAAUGCAAGGUUCAAUGCGAGGAGACCCUCACCCCGGUCAUAGGAGGCUACCCCGUGGAGAAAUUCGUGGCCACCAUGUACCACUAUUUGCAGUUCGCCUAUUAUAAGUUGAACGAUCUAAAGAACGCAGCCCCCUGCGCCGUCAGCUACCUGCUCUUCGACAAGGAUGACAAGGUCAUGCAACAGAAUCUGGUCUACUAUCAGUACCACAGGGACAAGUGGGGCCUCUCGGACGAGCAUUUCCAGCCCAGACCCGAGGCGGUUCAGUUCUUUAACGUGACGACACUCCAGAAGGAACUGUACAGCUUUGCCCAGGAGCACCUGAUGGAUGAUGAUGAGGGAGAGGUUGUGGAAUACGUGGAUGACCUGCUGGAGAUGGAAGAGGCUGGCUAGUCCACAGCAACUACAGAGACUUCUCUUCGUGUUCCUUCUUCAAGUGCCUGGGUUGUUGAUACCUCAGAGCCUCCCCUUUUAAAGGAAAGGGGAGCCGCCAUCCCUUUUACUACACGGGACCAGGGUCCAGCCUGCCCUCCCUGUGUUCACACCUGUCCGCCCAGCUGCCUUCUCUGUACUCACACUCGUCUUCAUGGUCUUGUCUCCCCAGCCAUCUUCCUUUGUUCACACCUGUCUUUCUGUCCACGCACACCUCCCCGUCCUGUCUUCCCUCUGACCCCUCCUGUUUCCCCCAUGUUCAGAAAGACAGUCUUCUGUGGUCUGGUUUGUUUUUUUUUUAAUCCCUGAAAAAAAAAUCAGUAUUAUUUUUUAAGUAAGAAAAACACUAAAAGAUGAUAAAUAUAUUUGAAGAA